AUGCCUGACCAGGAACCCUCGAAUGGCAUCCAUGGUGGUCGCUUUCGGAUGCCAGCAGAAAGCACUCGCCAUUCGCACACCUUGAUGGCCUUCCCCAGCUUGGAAUCGGCAGAAAGCCCGGAGCACCUGGAAGCCCUACAAUCCGAAGUAACAAGCAUCGCCAAUGCGAUCUCCCGCUUCGAACCCGUCCACCUAUACGCCCGGGAGAAACUCAUCCCUCAGGCAAAAGCCUUGGUCAACAGCAAUGUCUCGGUGAGGCCGGCGACGGUGAGCGAACUCUGGAUCCGGGACAGUGGGCCGGUCUUCGUGCAAGAUGUGUCGACGGGGAAACGGACGGCUGUCAGGUUCAAUUUCAACUACUGGGGCGGCAAACUCCCUGCGAUCGGCGACGAGAACAUCGCCGCCCAAAUAGCUGCGCACGAAAACAACUCCUCGGUGACAUCCAAACUCACCAUGGAAGGCGGCGGCAUCGAGCACGACGGCGAGGGAACGUUCCUCGGCACGGAGAGCUGCAUCAUCAACGACAACCGGAAUCCGGGAAUCACUAAGUCUGAGGCCGAGGCUGAGCUUACGGACAAGCUUGGAGUUACACACUUCAUUUGGAUUCCUGGCGUCAAAGGCUUCGACAUCACAGACUACCACGUCGACGCGCUGGCACGAUUCACGUCGCCGGGUGUCGUGCUCCUCAGCAAACCCGGGCCGAAUGCCCACCAAAUUGCCAUCGACGUCUACAACUCUGCUCGCUCUAUCCUGACAUCUGCGAGGGACGCACGGGGCCGAACGCUGACGGUCUAUGACUGUGAGGAACCAGACGUCACACUCCUCGGAGCUCCAGACAAACACAACGAAGUCAUCGGAUCAUACGCCAACUAUCUCCUCGUGAAUGGAGCAGUCAUCGCGCCCAAAUUCGGGCAGGAAAGGCAGGACACUGCGGCCUUGGGACUGUUUAAGAAGUUGUUUCCUGACAGAGAGGUGGUGCAGGUGCCCAUCAACAUGUUGCCGAGGACGGGCGGAGGGAUUCAUUGUUCAACGCAACAAGUUCCGGAGAUCUGA